AUGAACGAGAAGGCGUCAGUAUCAAAGGAACUUAACGCCAAACACACCAAGAUAUUGGAGGGUCUUCUUAAGCUGCCAGAAAAUAGGGAAUGUGCAGAUUGUCGUAGCAAGGCCCCGCGUUGGGCAAGUGUGAAUCUGGGAAUAUUUAUAUGUAUGCGGUGUUCAGGAAUACAUCGGAGUCUUGGAGUACAUAUAUCAAAGGUAAGGUCUACAACUUUGGAUACGUGGUUACCGGAGCAGGUUGCUUUCAUGCAAUCUAUGGGUAAUGAUAAGUCUAACAGUUAUUGGGAAGCAGAAGUGCCACCAAAUUUUGACAGAAGUGUGAUCGACUAUUUUAUCCGUGCCAAGUAUCAGGAGAGAAAAUGGGUCUCUAAGCAUUCAACAAAGCAAAAUCACAUAGUAGGUGAAAAGAGCUCUAAUUGUGACAAACUGGUCGAAAGUGGAGCCAAAAUUGGCAUUCCCAAGAAGGCAAGAAAAUAUUCUCUUGAGGAAGGGAUUCUCAAUAGAUACAUGUCACAAGUUACUCCUCCAACAACUAGACCUCGUGGGUGGCUUCCAGCAAAGGAUACGUCAGAUGAGUUGAGAACAUCAAUGGUGAUCAUAGAGGCUGUGUCUUUCCUGUUACUGUCAAUGUGGGUGAAAGCAUGGCUCAUUGAAUUAGUGAAACAGGCCUUAAUUACCUCUGUUGGUGAGCUUGGAGGACUUACUUUCCUCGGUGGUUAUGUUGUGUUGCAGAAUAUGAUAAUCUCUGUAGACCAGUACCCUAGUUUUUAUUAUCAACAUGUGCCAAGGGAGCUGAAAGGAAAUGGUUCUUUAGAUAUGAAUAUGGUUAUUAUAUCACCUCCACCAGUUGGGCUCGUGGCUGAACAAAGUACAUCCAAAAGGAAUUCGGAUGGUACUGCAGAUCUCUUCAGUUUGCUUUAUCACUCAGAUGUGAAGGAGGAUCGUUCUGUCGUACCUCCAAGCCGGUGGGCAACCUUUGAGU